ACGAUAAGAAAAAUCAGUCGAUAUCACAACGCGCAAACCACUCCGACAGUGAAGUGUUUUUUGUCAAAAAAUCAAAAUGAAUUGUAGAUAUUACACCGAACAGACUUUAGGAUGGAUGUUGAACAACAAGUUAAUAGUGUUCCUCAGUCUUCUUUGCUUCUGUCUGUUCGUGUCAACGUUAGCUUUAUCAGGACAGAAAGGGAGAUUACAAGACGAAGUAGCUGAAUUAAAAGCUGCGACAACAACGGUAGCACCUACUGAAGCACCCAAUAAUACAACAGAAGCUCCAGGUGAGACACCUGAAACAGGUACUGAGACUCCGGAGGAACCAAAGGAGCCUGAGACUACCACAGAUAAUGGAACAGGCGAAAACCCUGGCGAAAAUACUGACAAUGGUACUGGUGAAAACCCUGGCGAGAAUACUGACAAUGGCUCUGAUGGCUCCAAUACUGUACCAGCAAAAUCUGAACAAGUAGAAGCAACGAACGAAGAAAAUGUUUCAGAAAACGUGAACGAUAUUGUGAAGGGUAGUAAAUUGCUAUCUUUAAUAGCAGCGUAAGAUAAAACUUUUGUGUCAGUGUAAUGUGUAUUUCAUAAGUAUUUUUAAUGUUGUAAAGUAAUAAAAGUCAUGUUUUUA